ACUGGCAUCCCACAACAUAGUGUUGCAAAACAACGGACGGGCUCAGCUGUUCCGCCAAUCGCCAAAAUGUUAUUAAAUAAGCUGCCCAGGAUAACGCAACUACUCGCCAGGGAUCCCAAGGAUCAGCGAGGCAUCUGGGGCUAUGUGGCUGUCGCCUUCAACCAGGUGGACGCGGAGCGGCUAUCAAAAGUGGGUGCCAACCGCCUGUGCGCCGAGUGGAUUAUUAAAAACGGAGGCGGAGUGCGCUUUGUGGAGAGUCCCUCCAGGCUGUGGAAGGAUUACAACUCGUUGCCGGGGGAGAACACGCAGUUCUGCAUCAAAGUGGUGGACGCGUCAAAUUCGUCAAUCAUGAAAAUAGGACUUGAGCACUUAAGGGACUGCCGGAGCAUCGACACAGUCAUCUUCCACAAUUGCAAGCACUUGGAGAACGAUGGCUUGGAGGGUCUUCAUCACAUCAGCAGCUCCCUGCAGCGACUCCAGGUCUCCGGUUGUUACAACAUCACGGACUCCGGCCUUGCUGUGAUUGGGGAGCUCAAGAAUCUGCGACAACUGCUCAUAUUCGAUAUGAUUUUCGUGAAGAACAUGGAGGCUGUAGCCGCCUCUCUUAAGAAACAGCUUCCCAGCUGUGAUAUCAAGGCUACCAAGAUGGGCCUAACUCUGAAGCCCAAAGAAUAAUCCUCAGCAGAUCACGAACUUAUUUGUUUGGUCCAAUGUUGUCAAUAAAACCUUUUGCAGUGUUGAGAAAAGCUGAAAAUCCAAGGCUUGCACCGUGGGUAAAAAUUGGCAGUAUGUUCUAUAAGUUUAAUAGUCAUAAAACUCAAAUAAAAUGUUAUUGAAUAGAAUUAACUCCUUUAA